GACCUGCCAGGGAGCUUUUUGGCCGUGGUUUUGAUGAACAUCAGCCCACUGAGAAUGCAGAGCCAGGCACCAGUGGGAAGGUCUGAAUGGAAGUGAAUUCUCUGAUGCUAGGUCUCCUCUUGGCAGCUGUGUGUUUUCUCUCCCUAGAAGAAGGUGGCGUCACAGGAUGGAUGGUGCUGACUGAGCGCCUGCUCAGUAUAUGUAGCAUACGUGGUCCACUGUCAAAGAAAGAGCCUCCCACUCUGCUAGCAAAACAUGGGGGCAGUCUGGCCCUCCCCUGUGGAUGAGGCAUGGUGUGUGCUGGUGGGCAGGCAGAAGCCACUUCCCCCUUGUUUGGUCUUUCAGGUGUUUUUGCUGUUUCUCCUGAACCUGAUUGAAGUGAGGGCAAUCUGUGUCAGAGGACAACUUAGAGUCGCAGAAUCACUGAGAGAUCUGAGUUGGAAGGGCCCUUCAAAGGUCCACUCUCCCUGCACUCAGUAGAGACAUCUGCAACUGGAGCAGGUUGUUCAGAGCCCCAGACAACCUAAUCUGGAAUUGCUCUAGGGAUUGGGGCAUCUACCAUGUCUCUGGGCCUGGGAGAGGUGCUCAUCAUCCUCGGUUCUUCCUUCUCUCCAGCCUGAUUCACCCUCUCUUAGUUUUCAGCCAUCACCCUUUGUCCUGUCACAACAAGCCCUGAAAAAAAGUUUGUUCCCAGCUUUCUUCUAGGUCCCCUGAAGUCCUGAAAUGUCCCCCUGGAGCCAAGCAGAAUAAGCUCAACUCUCUCAGUCUGGCCUCCCAGCAGAGCCCUUCCAGCCCUGCCAGCAUUGCUGUGGCCUCCUCUGAUCCGGCUCCCUGCCUGUGCUGUGCCGAGGACUCUAGAGCUGACUCUAGCACUGCAGGGGGGGUCCCAGCAGAGCGCAACAGAGGGGCAGAAUCCCCUCCAUGCCUCUGCUGCCCACGCUGCUGCGGAUCAGCCGAGGACAGAGGCGGCUCUGGGCUGGCAGCUCCAGCUGCCGGCUCAUGCCCAGCUUUUCAACCAGAGGAGCUCUGCCUGUGGGGCACAAAACUUGUUUCGGUCGCGACAUGAGGGGGGGCCGAGCCGAGCUGAAGCCGAUCUGCGCGGAGCCGAAGCCGAGGCCCGUGGCGAAGCCGGAGCCGGAGCCGAAGCCGAGGCGCGGCGGCGGGGGGCGCUGACGCACGGCGGGUCCGGACGCGGCGCUAUAAAGGCGGCGGCGGCGGCGGGGCGGCAGCACCAUGGAGAGCUGCCGGGCGCUGGCGCUGUGCGCCGUGGCGGCCGCGCUGCUGAUGGGCGCCCGCGGGCAGGGGCCGAGCCCCCCGCGCCGACCCCGCGACUUGGGGCUCCCCGGCGGCGGCGUGUCCCGAGAGAAGGAGCUGAUCGAGGCACUGCAAGAGGUGUUGGAGAAGCUGAAGAGCAAGAGGGUUCCGCACUACGAGAAGAAGUUCGGGCAGGUGCCCAUGUGCGACGCCGGGGAACAAUGCGCCGUGAGGAAGGGGGCCCGCAUUGGGAAGCUCUGCGACUGCCCCCGGGGCACUUCGUGCAAUUCCUUCCUCCUCAAGUGCCUGUGAGCGGGGGACGCACCGGGAGAAGCCGCCGGGAGCGAAGGGCAUCGACGUUUCCCUCUCCAGCCCCGACGGGACAGCCCCGGGACAACCCCCGCCUCGCCUGUGUAACGCCGUCCGUGACAUCCGACAUCCGUGGAGCUGUUUUCUUUCUCUCCUUCCUCUCUCACUCCCCUUCCUCUCCUUCCCCUCCUUUCUUCCCCGUUUAGAUUUUUGUCUGUUCAGCGAAAAGCCCAGCCCGUGCCUUGGCGAGAACUGCCGGCAACGGGAGCCGCGGUGCCGUACCGGUACCGAGCCGUCCUGACCCGUGUCCAGGAGCGGGGCUGGCCCCACGGCCGUAUCCCGGAGUGCUCGGUUCCUUCUCGAGGCGGGAAACAUCCACCCGCUGCAGGCUGAGGGGCCGGGGCCAGGGGAUCCCCUGAGUGGUUGUGAUAGUGGUCGUGGGGAUGGGGUGGGAUGUGCUCAAAGCAUCCUGACCCUCCUUUUCUUGCCCUGCAGCUGCAAGGGCCAAGCUCGACACAGCCCAGAGGGUUUCACCUACACCACCAGCUUCAGGCCAUGUCCUUCCAUGCUCAGCCUGCGCUGGAGAAAGUCCCGGAGGAGAUCCCGGUGAAAUUCAGGGGUCCGGCACUAACCCGGCUGGGGUGGGUUGCGAGGCGGGGAGUGGGGGGUUGCUUUACCAGAGCCACCACGGAAAGAAAGCUGUCUGGAUCGCUUGCAAACUUACCAGGGGAUAUCCCAGUCACCCAAACCAAUUUGCUCCUGUUUCUAUAUGGAACUGAUGCACAUGAAUAAGUCUGUCCUCCACAGGUAAACUCUGUGUGUCAGCAAACUCCUAAUGUAUUUUAAUUCCUCGAUUUGUCUCUAUUAAUAAAGUCACUGUUCUGAUUA